AUGACUAAACUAUGGACUCUUCUAUCUGCUGUUCAUUCCAUCGCUGGGCCUGUUGUGAUGCUCCUAUAUCCCUUAUAUGCGUCGGUGAUAGCAAUAGAGAGCCCAUCAAAAGUAGACGAUGAGCAAUGGCUUGCUUAUUGGAUUCUUUACUCUUUCCUUACUCUCACGGAACUCAUCCUUCAGUCUCUCAUAGAGUGGAUACCGAUAUGGUACACGGCGAAGCUAGUUUUGGUGGCAUGGUUGGUUCUGCCGCAAUUUAGAGGGGCUGCUUUCAUAUACAACAGAGUCGUGAGGGAACAGUUUAGGAAGUAUGGCAUUCUCAAACCUAAGGCACAACAUCAGGCUGAGUGA